UUCUGUUCUUAGAAAGUGCGCCCUCAGGAGAGUUUGAGGACAAUCUCUACUUUUACUCCAAGGGAAUCCAAAGGCAUAUCCCCCUCUCCCCCGACUUUUCAGUCACGUUCCUGUCACCAAAUCCGAAACGACACCGUACAGUGAAUACUGAACAUAGGAAGAGAUCUCGGAUCCUAAACCUUUCCUGGUCUCGCCAGAGACCGAAGUGGUACAACAAAAACGGUGAGCAAUCCUUUUAGCAGAGAGAAAAAAAAGAGAGUGACAUCCAUUAAAGCGUGUGUCCUACAGGUAGAAACUACUUCUCCCAGCAUGCAGCGCGACGACGCGACCAGAACGGUGCAUGACGGGAAGUAGAGUUUCAGCGUCUGGAAGGCUUGAAGUUUCCUGUCUUCCCAAUUCCUAACCAUCCUCAAUCCUGAGUAUUUCAACACUAGGCUUAAGAAAUUGAGAGACUCAUAUCUUCGGUUCAUUUCUAUUCCUAACGGUUUCCUUUCCGUGUAAAGAAACUUCUGGACAGACUUCCGUUUCCGGUUGGCUCGUUGCCUUGGAAACGAGGAGACAACAAUUUUGGUGGUUAUGGCGGGAAUGAGCUGCGCGCAGAUCCCCGAUGGGUUCACAGCGGUGGUGUACCGGCUCAUCCGCGAUUCUCGCUACUCCGAGGCAGUGCAGCUGCUGGCCACUGAGCUGCAGCGGAGCCCGAAGAGCCGCGCCGGCCUGUCGCUGCUGGGCUACUGCUACUACCGCCUGCAGGAGUUCCUGCUGGCCGCAGAGUGCUAUGAGCAGCUGAGCCAGCUGCACCCAGAACUCGAGCAGUACCGCCUGUACCAGGCCCAGGCUCUACACAAGGCUUGCCUUUAUCCAGAGGCCACUCGGGUCGCCUUCCUCCUCCUGGAUAACCCAGCCUAUCACGGCCAGGUCCUCCGCCUGCAAGCUGCUAUCAAGUACAGCGAGGGCGAUCUGCCAGGGGCCCGGAGCCUCGUGGAGCAGUUGCUGAGUGGGGAAGCAGGAGAAGAGAGUGGGGGAGAGAACGACCGCGAUGGCCAGGUCAACCUGGGUUGUUUGCUCUACAAGGAGGGACACUAUGAAGCUGCGUGUUCUAAGUUCUUUGCGGCCCUGCAGGCCUCAGGGUACCAGCCAGACCUUUCCUACAACCUGGCGCUGGCUUAUUACAGCAGUCGGCACUAUGGCUCAUCUCUGAAGCAUAUCUCUGACAUAAUUGAGCAUGGCAUCCGUCAGCACCCUGAGCUCGGUGUGGGCACGACCACUGAGGGCAUAGAUGCCCGCAGCGUUGGCAAUACCUUAGUCCUCCACCAGACUGCUCUGGUGGAAGCCUUCAACCUCAAGGCAGCCAUAGAGUACCAGCUGAAAAACUACCAGGUAGCCCAGGAAACCCUCACUGACAUGCCACCGAGGGCGGAGGAAGAGUUGGACCCAGUGACCCUGCACAACCAGGCACUCAUGAACAUGGAUACCAGGCCUACAGAAGGAUUUGAAAAGCUACAGUUUUUGCUCCAACAGAACCCUUUUCCCCCAGAGACUUUUGGCAACCUCUUGCUGCUGUACUGCAAGUAUGAGUAUUUUGACCUGGCAGCAGAUGUUCUGGCAGAAAAUGUCCAUUUGACUUAUAAGUUCCUCACACCCUAUCUCUAUGACUUCUUGGAUGCCAUGAUCACUUGCCAGACAGCUCCAGAAGAGGCCUUCAUUAAAUUUGAGGAACUAGCGGGGAUGCUGACUGAGCAGCUCUGGAAACUCACGAAACAAGUACAGGAAGCAAGACACAGUAGAGCUGAUGAUUCUAUCAUAAAGGCAUUGAAUGAGUAUGACGAAACUGUUGAGAAAUACAUUCCUGUAUUGAUGGCCCAAGCAAAAAUCUACUGGAAUCUUGAAAAUUAUCCAAUGGUGGAAAAGAUCUUCCGCAAAUCUGUGGAAUUCUGUAAUGACCAUGAUGUGUGGAGGUUGAAUGUAGCUCAUGUUCUGUUCAUGCAGGAAAAUAAAUACAGAGAAGCCAUUGGUUUCUAUGAACCCAUAGUCAAGAAGCAUUACGAUAACAUCCUGAAUGUCAGUGCUAUAGUAUUAGCGAACCUUUGUGUUUCCUAUAUUAUGACCAGCCAAAAUGAAGAAGCUGAGGAGUUGAUGAGGAAGAUUGAAAAGGAGGAAGAGCAGCUGUCCUAUGUUGACCCAGAUAAGAAAAUCUACCAUCUCUGCAUUGUGAAUUUGGUGAUAGGAACACUCUAUUGUGCCAAAGGAAAUUAUGACUUUGGCAUUUCUCGAGUUAUCAAAAGCUUGGAGCCUUACAAUAAGAAACUGGGAACUGAUACCUGGUACUAUGCCAAAAGAUGCUUCCUUUCCUUAUUAGAAAACAUGUCAAAGCACAUGAUAGUGCUUCGUGAUAGUGUUAUUCAGGAAUGUGUGCAGUUUCUAGAACACUGUGAACUUCACGGCAAAAAUAUACCUGCUGUUAUAGAACAACCGCUUGAAGAAGAAAGAAUGCAUAUUGGAAAGAACACAGUCACAUAUGAGUCCAGGCAGUUGAAAGCUUUGAUUUAUGAGAUUAUAGGAUGGAAUACAUAAUAAUUUCUGUUAAUGACUUUAAUCAUAAUGUAAAUUUUGUAAAUUUGUUAUGUAAAUUUUGCAAUUUUUUUGUAUUUAGCCUUUGGCAUCUUUGUAAUUGUUACACAUUGAACUUGGUACAUUUUAGCAUUAUAACAAAAAUAUGAGAUAAAAUUUUGUUUUGAAAUUACCCAAAAUAUUAAAUAACUUUGUUCCAAGAAAGAGUUGUAAAAAGUUCAAAACUGAUGAGUGAUGUUAUGUCUGUUAGAACUUGUAAUGCCUAUUUGUUCUUUUUCAAUUUUGUGCUUUGAUGCUUCUUGAGGGGUCCUACAUAGGGACCAGACACUAAGUCCAAAACUCAGAAGUAAUUCAUGUAUAGGAUGUGUAGGCCUUCAAUAGUCAUUUCAGGGACUGUUUGUUUUAGUUUCAUAACUUAUCCUCAUAAUUGUAUUAAUGUAUAAUGCAUAGCUUUAUGUAGUAUUUAAGAUACUUGAUAUUCAAGAUAUUUCUAAUGCUUUAACAAAAAUUCCUUCGGUUAUACAUUACUUUAAUGGGGAGAUUCAAUGGAUAAUUUUCUUCCCUUAAAUUACAGUGCUGUGGUAUAGAGACAAUAAAUAAUUAU